AUGGAACCUGUGAGCGAAAGCUCAGUCAAGAAAACUGUACGUAAAUGUAGUAUACCAGUGAAUCAUGAUGGAGCGGUUGUAGGGUUGGCUAGAAGAUCUACCCUUUUCCCAUUCACAACACCUCUCCCAGGUAUAUCAACAGCAGCAUUACAGUUGGAACAGCUUAUUGGACGAAAUAAAAAAUGGACGACUGCUGGCUGGAAAUUAAGCUCUGAGUCUGGUUUAGUGUUUCGUACGCAGCUGAAAGAUAAAGAAUAUGUUUACUUAAAUGCAGCAGAAUUUGGUGAGGUUGAAGUUGUUCGGGAUCUACUAGAAGAUAUGAAACUUGAUGUGAACUGUGUAGAUUAUAUGGGACGAAAUGCUCUACUCCUAGCGAUGAAAAAUGAAAAUAUUGAUCUAGUGGAACUACUAGUCAAUAGAUUAGAUUUUUAUGCUGUCGAAGAUGCAUUACUGAAUGCCAUCAGUCAAGAAAAGAACCACUUAGUAAAACUGAUAGUUGAUCACCCACAGUAUAUUAGAAUGGAAAAACAAAGUAAAAGUAAAGUGUCUGGACCGUCAAGUGGGACCAAUAAUCGUGGCAAAAGAUCACAGUUCUCUUCAGAUAUUUCACCUUUGAUGCUUGCAGCGCAUAUUAACAAUCAUGAAAUUAUUCAGCUGUUGUUGGAUAGAGGAUUGAAACUUGAAAUGCCUCAUGAUCGAGCAUGUUCAUGCUUGGAAUGUGAAACAAUUCGUGCUGAAGAUUCCCUUAUACUCGAACAACAGCGUCUUCACACUUAUCAAGCCUUAUCCAGUUCGGCUUAUUUAGCCCUGACAACUUCUGAUCCAGUAGCCACUGCGUUUACUUUGAGAAAUGAGCUUUAUCAACUAGCGUCGCAAGAGAAACAAUUCAAAGAGGAAUAUUCAGAGUUGGCCGUAAAGUGCAUGGACUUUGCAAUAAGUUGUGUCGAUCUCUGCCGUACAUCAGAUGAACUGCAUUGUUUGCUUGGUGGUACACUUAAUACAAAAUCACAUGAUCGAGGAAACCCGGUGAACACUAUAAAGAAUGCAAUUCAGUCGCAUGAGAAAAAAUUUGUUGCUCAUCCCAACUGUCAACAUCAAAUGGAGAAUCUGUUUUAUAGCUUGAUGUUUUGCAUUCGAGAUUUCGAAGGGAUACAAAGACUACAGUUCGUGAUUAUUUUCCUUUCAUUGUUGCCGUUUCUGUACAUUAUUUACCUGUUCUUUCCGCAUUUUAAAAUGCCGUUGCCACAAAGCUUGAUAUAUCGCGAUCGAAGUGUUACGAAAUAUAAAGUGACGGAGAUACUACGAUGUCCUGUGACAAAAUUUCUCGGUCAUAUGGUAUCUUACAUGACUUUUUUAAUUUUAAUUACUGUGGCCACAUUUCGUCUUGAUCGAACAGCAGUUAGUGAUGAAGACGACGACUGGGAGGUUAGAUAUACGGAGAUCUUGAGUUAUGAUUUUAGAACAUCGAAUCUGGUUAUGACCAAAAUCCAAAUAAUAUUGCUAUUUUGGAUACUAGGUCAACUUUGUAUGGAAUGUAAACAAGUUUAUCAUUAUGGAUUGCGUUACUUCUUCCACAGUUACUACAAUUUUAUGGAUUGGGUGUCAAUCGCUCUGUAUUUAGCUUCAUAUUCGCUAAGAAUUAUUGUAGAUUUCAAAGUUCAGGCAUCAAUGGGUAGAUAUGAAGAGCAGCUGAAAGUGGCCCAGUCAAUUUUGUUCAAUGCUACUUGUUCAGCUUCAAAAUUUUGUUCUGGUACUGAGACAACAACUCAUCAAGAUUACGUGAAUUAUAGAAAUAAAAUAUUGAUUCCGGAGUCAGCAUACUGGCUUAGAGGUUGUCGUCUUUGGUGGGCUCCAGAUGAUCCUGAGUACAUUUCAGAUUGCCUAAUAAGUUACCUUAUGCCUGCUUGGGAACUUCUUGGACCACUUCAAAUAUCUCUAGCUCGUAUGGUGUCGGAUAUUAUAAGGUUUAUGGCUUUGUUUACUGUGAUGGUAAUUGCAUUUGUCGUUGGUUUAACCAACCUCUACUGGUACUUUGCCAAUAUCAUUGUAUCUGUUGGUGCACAUGGUCAAUUAAUUCGUUAUGCUAGUGGAAUACCAUCUUUUAAAAGCACAGGUGCCACUUUUCAUACACUAUACUGGGCUUUAUUCGGGCAAUCAUCAACUAAUGUUACAACUAUUGAUGAAAACUUAGCAAGUAUGUAUCCUGGACAUGAACAUUUGGCAGUGGAUAGUAGCCCGUAUCUGGUGAAUAGUCUUGGAAGCAUUUUGUAUGCAAUUUAUAACGCUUGCAUGAUUAUAAUUUUACUGAAUAUGCUUAUCGCUAUGAUGAGCAAAUCAUUUGAUGAGAUACAGGGCGACCGGUUAGAAGAAUGGAAAUUCGCACGAGCAAGUUUGUGGUUGGUCUAUAUUGAUCAAGAAGGAGUGCUCCCAGUCCCACUUAAUCUGCUUCCAUCACGUGAGGCAUUAUCAUCUCUGAUAUCACGCUUUCAUGGAAUUAUACAGUGGAGGAAGCAACAUAUGGAUGUAAAAAAUCAUUGCGAUCUACACAGAAAUCAAAAUGUUCUAUCAUUCAGUCAAACUACUCCAACGAAAAUGCAUUCCAUCAAUUCACAUUUGAAUCCAGACAUUCGUAAGACACAAACAACAACAACUGUGAGUACCCUUCUGGAUGCUAAUUCGAUACACUCAAACGAUUGGACAUCUGAUAUUUCUGAAAGUGAAAAUGAGAUUGAGAAAGCGUUCAGUGAUUACAAGCUUUAUACUGACACUAUACGAGCAGAUGUAAUGCGUCGGUACUUGUUUAAACUUCAGAAGCAGAAAGAAGAGGAAUUCAAAUCUUCUGAUUUUUCGGUCAUGAAUAUCCAGCGGCAGCAAGUCCAAAAAAUGAUGGGCAGUGAACCAAAGCGAAAACAAGAGACAAGCCAUGAUAAAUUGGUACGGAAACUAAGCACAGACCAAGAUGUUGAAGAAAUUAAUGAGACUCCUUCAAAACCAGCUGCAGAGGACGAAAAUCGAUUGCGAGGUUUACGUAGUCUGUUAAUGCCGCCAUCUGUUCGAAGAAAAUUAGAAGCAGUCGCAUCAGUUAACCAUCCAGGGAACGAAUCAGAAAAGCGAGAAGCAGCUGAAGCAGCUGCACGAUUUUACUUACUUCAGACGACCAGAAAGGACGAAAAGACUAGUGAAACUAAAACGAAUCGAGGAAGCGUUAAGAGCCGUAACUCCUAUUGUAAUCAGCCUAAGGUUGAACCAUUCACAGCACGCACUGAAAGACCAAUCAAAGGCAUACACUUGAGAGAAUUGUAUGGAGUUGAGCAAGAAAUGCAUGAUAUGUCAGAGGCUCUUUCAUCCUAUUCAUUGUCAGAAGCAACUAUCUCAGAACUCAAUGAAUUAGAAACUUACUAG